UUGCGUUGGGAGUUGGAGCCCGCUUGUCUGUGCUGCGUCGUGAUACGCAAAAGCUGACAAAACAAAACGAAGGCAUUCGUGAGGCGCACCAUUGACGGUGGGGGCGCGUUUUCGUCUCUCAGUUGCAUUUUUGACGUUGUUCGGCGUGUGUGUGGCGUGUGUGUGAUCAGAAUUUUGACAGUUGGCCCCGGCCACACUUACGACAGCUUGUGGCGUUCACUGUCGACGUUGCAAUUGGCGUCGACGUGGUCAUUGGAAGAACGAUACGUUUAAGAAGCCGUCAGAAGAAUCCUAGGAUGUCGGCCAUGUCUACGGCCGUGUUGGCGUUUUGCCUCCUCGCAACUUUCUAUUCUCCUGUGUGCUCACAAGAUUCAACACUGAUCAACCCAAAGGCAGGCGUAGCAGCACCCGCUGGCAAUGCCGUCGCCGUGCCCAGUCCCGCAGCUGACGCGACCACAGCUGCUGUAACCGAGCCAUCCACCAACACAAGGGCUCCAGACACCACCACCACCACCACCACCAGCACCACCACCACCACUGCAAAGACCACCACCACCACUGCGAAGACCACCACCACCACCGCGAAGACCACCACCAGCGCCAGCACGACCACCACCACGACGCCGGCGCCGCCCAAGCCGCUGGAUCCCACCCAGGGUCACUGGAGCGUGUCGGACGACACUAACAGCCAGAUCUGCAUCCUGGCCAAGAUGGCCAUCCAGAUGAAGGUCCCGUACCUGGCGUCAACCAACCAGACGCUGACGGCGUUCCUGGACGUGCCGAUCAACGCCAGCGCGACGGGCUCGUGCGACGGCGCUGAGUACAUCCAGAUCAGCUGGCCCGACUCUGGCGAUGACGCCAACUGGUUCCGCGUGACGUUCGUCGAGAACGCCACCAGCGGCCACUACAUGGUGGAGGCCAUCACGGCCCGGCUGGCCAUGACUGACGCCAACUUCCCCGACCACGCCGACGACAAGCCGGAGCUGAGUCUGCGCGUCAACUUCUCGGAGCCGAUCGAGCUGUCUGCCAACUCGAGCUACCGCUGCCUCAGCCGGCAGCCCUUCCAGCUGCUCGCCAGCGACGAGGACAUCUCGGCCCAGCUGGUGCUCAUCGACACCCAGCUGGAGGCGUUCCGGCACGACAACACCACCAAGUUCUCCACGCCGCUGGUGUGCUCGGCCGACCACCGCGCCGCCUCGGACAUCGUGCCGAUCGCGGUCGGCGUCGCGCUCGCCCUGCUGGUGGUCGCCAUCCUGAUCGCGUACGUGAUUGGCCGCCGGCGCGCCCGCCAGCGCGGCUACCAGAGCGUCUAACGGCCACGCCUGCCGCGCCGACGCCCCGGCCAACAGCCGCAAGGUCAACACGACGUCGACGGCCGGAGAGGAGGCGGGGGACGCUCCCCGCCGUCGCUGGAAGGUGUGUGUGCGUGUGCGCGCGGGCGAGGUUCGGCGCCAGCUGCGCGAGUGGGUGCGGGGAGGUGAACGCCAGUGGAGUGGGAGUUGUGAGUGAAGCCAGUAUCCUGAAUGUGUUGCUGUGCGCUGAGCCUCCAUAUGCCUCACGUCGGCUUGUCGUCUCGUGAUAGGGGAAAUGGCGGAGUGGUAACAUCUGACGACAGCGGAGGGAAUAUUUUCGUAAGUGAUGCGAAAUCUGAGGUGGUCUGUCUUCUCUAUGUCAUUUAUGUCAAUUUUUGAACGAAUCUAUACGUGUGUACUACUAAGUCGGCUGCUGCGUGGCGAGUUCGGGUCGACCUUGGGUCGGUCUUCUGCGCUUGCGUCGACAGCAGGAAGUGCUUUCAGCGACUGGUGCGCUCGCUCGCCGCGCGUCGGUGUUUGUGUUUAUUCACGGAGACUAUGGGGUGCGGCCAGCGGCGCGCCAAUAUCGGUAGAGUUCAGUGGACUGGUCAGCUCCGGUUUGCACGAGUUCCACCGAGGAUCGCGUCAGAUUCUUCUCGCCCGGAACGCCCGAUGGCCACCGAAUGAGUCCCCGCGUGAGUGUGUAUAGGACAAGUAAGCAUAGCGUGGUUGGUGUGAUUGUCUUGUGUUUUGUUUUUAGCUUGAUUGCAGUAUUGGCGGAGCUUUUGAAAACGUUUGAAUGCUUGCGCUGGGUGUAGUUCUGGAGGGAACGUGGGCAAGACCCAAUUGAUGAAUAUCAUUAUAACGCCUAGCGGGGUCCACCAUGUAUCAAAGACCACCAGUUAUCAGCGGUGUUCCGUACAGUUUUGAAACGUUCUUUCUGUUCUUGAUGCUGUCUUUUCGAGUGCAGUUGGUGCUUACUCGGGUUGCGGGCUCGCACGUAUUGUUCACUGUAAGCCAUACCAGAAAUAUACAUACUUAUCCGUG